CGAGAGUCUACAAUCCAAAGUCUAUCCCGACAGGCGAUAAUUCAUUCCGAAAAUGCUAUCGCCAGCGACGUCCUCCAAGACUUCUACACCCGGUCGGGCCAGAGCUUCCUGCGAGCCAUGUAGAUCGCGAAAGGUCCGAUGCUCAGGAGAAUACCCGGUGUGUUCAAAAUGCACCGCUUCUAAUCGAGGAUGUAUUUACUCUCUGCAGAAACGCGCUGGCAGACCCAAGAGGCCCUGCGUGAUAGCGCGCGCACCGUCCAGUCCUGCUCGUCGGGUUGAUCGCGGGCCAUCACCAGCGCAAUCAAAUACCGCCCGAAUAACGACCGGUACAGAGGAGCGCCUGAGCCAUCAUGAACCCAAUACAGAUAUACCGCCAUUUCUCGCGGACUUUGAGAGCUUCGCGCCUGCGCAAUCUCACAACGACAUCCUCACACAAACAGACAUCAACGCUUCGUGCGCAUGCUUGUCGAUCCUCUAUCUUCUCCUCAAUCGCCUCGGAGUCCGUACCGAACUCAUUGUCCCCGAUGAUCUCGCGAUUCUGCGAAAUACAUUCGAGCGCGCAACAGAUGUUCUAGAAUGCUCAAAAUGCCCCAUGCGGUUCUCAUCCGUACUACAAAACGCGGGCAUCUUGGGCAUUCUAUGCGUCUGUAUUGCUGAGUCCUACGUCAGGUUCAUCAAGACGAUUGGUGCAAAGGCAAUUGAAGCCACCGACAAGGGAGAAAAGUUAAAGGUCGCUCUCAAUCCUUUGGGUCAAUCGCACACGGCGGACGAUACAGUGUUGGUGCCGAUUGAAGUGUCACCCGAACAGUGGAAGAGUCUCAUGUACAAUGUCGUCAAAUCGGAGAUUUUUGGCAUUGAGAACCAUCGGGACAAGUCUUUCGUCGCUUUCAUUGAGCGGUUGGAAGAGCGACAGACGAGAUGGCAUACGCUGCCUACAGCGCCUGACUGCCCGGCAACGUAUCAGUCUGCUUGUUCGUCUUCGAAUGAACUGCCACUCUGCUUAACCAUCACGAAGGCGGCGAGAAAGGUCCUUGAUCCGAUAGCUUCUACUUUGGAGUGACGAAGAGAACAUACAGAUGAACUUCGGCGGAAGGACGUGGCUGGCAUAGCACUUCUCUUGGAAUGACUCGAGAUGAUUGAAGAUAGGAAUCCCCCAAAAUUGGUACAAUAUUAGCCUAGAAAUAGCAGACUCUUCCCUAUUCCUGUUACAACUUCCAACCAAAUCACCCUCAAACCGUACAUCCAAGCAACCGUAUUGCCAACUUUCCCAUCCCGU